AUGAUUGGAGUGGGUGUGGUUGCUCGGGAUGCUGAGGGGAAGACUCUAUGGUGUGCAUCAGUCAAGCUGGGGAUUAAAUUGGAGCCUAAACUUACUGAAUCGAAGGCUAUCUUAAUUGGUAUGGAGCUUGCGGCUGAGAUGGGUCAUGAUCGAGUAGUGUUUGAAAGUGAUUGUGAGCCUGUGGUAUGUGCGAUAAAGAAGAAGGCCCCUGGUUGUAGUUCCUUCCAUCUUCUGCUGGAUGAUAUUGUGGUUGCUACAAAUCGCUUUUCAGAUUGCUCCUGGAGUUGGAUUCAUAGGGACGGUAACAAAGUGGCACAUGAAUUAGCUCAUGUACCCCCUCUUGUAUUAGGCAGAAAGAUUUGGUACUCUGAUUUUCCUGAUUUCCUAUGUAAUCUCCUAAACUCUGAUUUGCAGUUGAAUGUUAAUUAA